AAAAAGGGAAGGGGAGGACAGCACUUGCCAUAGAGCUGGCAUGCACCAGGCAUUGAAUGCUUUGAAGACUGCCUUCUUCACACUGCUCAGGCCGCCCCUGAGGCAGGUGAGCUCAGAUAUGGAGCAAAGAGUCAGAAGGGCUAAGGAACUUGCCUCAACUUGCAAAGUUAAUGAGUGUCAGAGCAAAAAACGUAAUCCCAGGUCUGUUGGGUCCCAAAGCCCACACUGUGACCUUCUCUGACAGUUUCAGAUCAUACCCUAUGUUAACCACUGACUGGGGGUUGUAAUGGUUAACGGGUUCAGAAAACUAGCCAUUAAAAUACUAGAAUACUGAAGCAAAGAAUAACAUAAUAUUUAAAAGAGGAUUUUGGACAAAUGCAAGAAAAUACCAUUGAUGUAGUAAACUUACGCAACUUACUACCUAGAGAGAUUUAUGAGGCUGAAAAUGAAAUAGGCCCAUGAAGGAUUUUAGUCUAUAAAUAAAAAACAGAUCAUCAGUGUGUUUUUCAAGGGAAGUUGACCCAUUCCCUAAUUUUUCAGAACAAUUUCAUAAAAAUUAAGCUCCAGGACCAGAGAGAGGUAGAACACGAGAAUGGAUGAGUCAACCUGGCAUUUCUUGGAAUGGUGACUGAAGUCUCUAUCACUCAUUUCCAAAUCUAUAAGCAUCAGCACCUGGAAAAUGAGGUGACUAGGUAAAGUAUUCAAAUUCGCACUAAGAAAAUAAGCACAUUUAAAUGUUAGGGUGCUUUUAGAUGCUAUAAAAUACACAUAUCCUUAAAAGUACUACUAAAUCCAGAUUGAAAAUAACCUUGUUAAUGAGACAACACAUAAUCAGCAGGUACCAAGAGCACACUAUAGUGGGACUAUUUUUCAUUCUUUUCGGAGGCCCAGCACUGAACUCUCUUCCUAUGUCUGGUGAAUUUCCUGCCUAGAGUCCUGGUGGGAGACAAGGCCUAGGGAAGUGGCUUUCCUGGCCUUCUUGCAGCUGAGGCACUGGCACAUCACCUGAGCUCUGACACACUCACCUGUGACCAGGAAUGAGGAGCUAGUGACCCACAGAAGUGGGGAUGUGAGGCGCAUCUCUGGGACAUACAGGGGUGCAAUGAGACCAAGCAGCUGGGGUGGCGGUUCAGAGUACUAACAACAGUUUAUGGCACUAGAGCUUGGUGGCAGCACCAUGCUCUGCAGACCUGUUUUACAGUGUGAUUUAGGGCAUUUCUCUUGGCUGUGGAGCCCACAAAUGGUUCUCCAGUCUUCCCAGUGACUCUGGGAGCUACCCCCAAAUCAUUUCCAUAAAUUUCCUUUGCUUAAAGUCAGCCUGAGUCAGUUCCUGCUACUUACAAAGCAGAACCUAACUGAACACGCCUCCAAGCAUGGGGGAGGAGGGUAGGAAGCAGAGGACAGAGAGCCCACACAUCUGCUUCACACACAUUAGAAAGGGCUCUCUGAAUUAAAAACUGGGGCACAAUUAGUUUUUCCUGGUACUAGGAUGUGUUGUUCACUACUUUUUCUCCUGUCUCUAUAUGAAGACACUACCUUCUGCUUCUCCAUUCCCAGCAGCUAAUGGCCCAGGGCCAGGCACACAUUAGGUGUCCCAGGACCAGCGACUGAACUGCCCUGGAAAUCUAAAGUGCUAAUUACCUGUCAAACAAUAUUCCUGCCUGGGAAUAUGCGCUACGUGUAAAUCAAAAUCUCACUUAAAACAUCUAAUACGUGUAAAUCGAAAUCUCACUUAAAAUACCUAACACCUAUGAUGAUUUGUAAAAUCAGGGCGGGGAAUGACAAGCACAUUUAGAAAUGUGCCCCAGGCGAAAAUGAUGAAUCUGGGUUACAAACCAUCUUUACACAAUUUCAAAAAGUUCCUGUUUAUGGUUCCUCAAUAAGAGUUCCUCUCUUCAGUUCUUCCUUUCUUGGGGGGGAAAAAAAAGCCAACUUCUUUCAAAUACACACCCCACCUCCCCACUGCCUGUCCCCUGACACACACAGAAAUGGAGACUGUGAGCAGAGGCAAGGUUGCUCUCGGCAUGGCAAUCAAUCUGACUCUACUUUAUGUCGGUGCUGUGGGUGCCUGCACCAUCUCUGUCAUACAGCCACGCUACCUAGAAGUGGACUACACUCACAAGGCUGUCACCAUAGAGUGUACCUUCUCCACUGCUGGAUGCCCUUCGAAGCAACCAACAAGCCUGUGGUUUCGCUAUGGCGCUCACCAGCCUGAGAACCUAUGCUUGGACGGAUGCAAAAGUGAGGAGGACAAAUUCACAGUGCAGGAAGCUCUGGCACAAAACCAAGUCUCCCUCACUGUAAACAGAGUGACUUUAAAUGAUAGUGCAAUCUACAUCUGUGGAAUAGCAUUUCCUACAGCACAGGGACCGAGAGCUAAGCAAACUGGAGGAGGGACUACCCUGGUGGUCAGAGAAACUAAGCUUCUCAGCAAGGAACUGCAGGGUCUCCUGACUGCUCUCUUAUCACUGCUCUCUAUCUACAUUACUGGGGUAUGCGUGGUCUUCAUAGUCCUCUCCAAAUCAAAAUCUAACACUCUAAGAAAGAAACAAACAAAAGAAGAUUCACAAAAGAAGAGUGCUCGGCGCAUUUUUCGGGAAAUUGCUCAAGAACUAUACCAUAAGAGAUACGUGGAAACAAGCCAGCAACCUGAGAAAGACAACAACACUUAUGAAAACAGAAGAGCACCUUCCAACUAUGAAAGACCAUAGAGACAUUUUAAAUU